AUGCUCGCACGACGCUUUCCGCCGCAUUUUCGAUGGCUUAAGUACCGAUAUUACAGUGCAAAUGCAGCGGAAACGGGAAAAAUCAAGUAUUUUUCAAAACUUAAGAAAAUGAGUUAUCUUUUGUUGUAGAGCCAAGGUCGAGCGGUAUGUGGACAAUUAUGAAGAGUUUAUCGGCGUCAAAUCGGUACGACAAGCUCAGGACGAAGUUAUGCAGGUCUGUUUUGGGCCCAUCGAUUUUUUACCGAGCGGAAACUAUAAAAUUGCAAAAAUUCGCUAGUGUUGCUUAAAAAAUUCCUAGAACUUCCAAAAACCCGAAAUUUUCCAGUGGGAACGAAAAUUGAGCGACGCACAACUGAUUCGACGCGAAAAACAGGCGGAAAUCAACAAUAUUCAGUCGAGAUUAAAGGAAAUACACUUUGAUUUGGACAGAACCAGCCGCGGAGAGGAUAAGUGCGUUUUCAUCAUAUUUUUAGAGAAUAAAAAUGUUUUCAGGUACCUCCAACUGCUCACCGAAGAGCACCAGAUCAUAAAGAAGGAGCGAGAGCUGUUGAAUUCGUUCGAAGGAUUGGAAACUGCCGAACGAGAGGCUUUUCAUCAGUUGUCCAUGAGGUUCGCCAUGCGAAUUUUAAGAAAUUCCUUUGAGAAUCCAUAAAAAUGCAAAUCAUUUGCAGAGUGCGUGCAAGUCACGAAAGAGAGCGGGAACAUGCAGAAAAGACGAAAUGGUGGGGCGUCUCGGCGUCCCUUCUGGGCGCUCUGCUCGGAAUUGCGGGAACUUCGAUCGGAAACGAGCUGCGAAUGCGCAAAAUAAAGGAAAUGCUGCCGAUCGGAGGCGCCCAGAUGAGCGAAAUGGCAAAGGCGAUCGGCGAACAGAAUGACAAGGUUGGGCAGCAAGUCUACUGUUUUUUCCAUCCGUUUUCGACAAGUUCCGCAAUCCAGACAUUUCUGACUUUACCCGGACUGUACCAGGUUGCCAAGUUGCUUCAACUGAUCACGAGACAGCAAAGUUGUUAGAAAGAUCUUGGCUUUGCUUACUUUAACGAUAAUACCUCAAAAAUUGUCUGAAUUCUCUAUUCUUCCUCUAAUUUUCAUUUUCAGGUCGAAAUAUUCCUGUCGGACAUGCGAAACGCGCUCCAAUUGGAAGCGCAUCCCUCGGAAACGGCCACGCACACCGAUGUGAAGAAAGUGAGUGAUCUGGAUAAGGUACGUGCGAAUGCUUUUCGAAAAUAUUAUCACUUUUUGCAGCUCCUGGCUGCGAUUCGUGAGGAAAAUGCGCGUUUAUCGCAGGAAAUGAAGGAGUUGUCGAGAUUGGCGAAAUUGGAGGCCGCACUCGACGCCGAUCCUACUGCCGUGGUUGGUUUUUGAAACAUUAACCAGGGCUACCGGCACAGGCUUUUUAAAGGCCUGGACUUUUGACCCGGUUUCACAGAUCCGAUCGGGGCUAAACUUUGCAGGCUUCUUGAACUUGGAUUGAAGUAUAUUGCGUCCAAGUUUCAGUCCGAUCGGAUCAUCUGGGCCCGAGAUAUAUAGAGUUUUCGCAAAUCCCGGCCUUUUCGGCCUCAAACCAGUAUAUCUCGCGGCCGGAUGAUCCGAUCGGUCUAAAACUUGGACCCAAUAUACUUCAACGAAAUUUGAGCAGCCCAGAAAUUAAAACCGAAAAAAUGAUGUUUAGGUGUACGUCGGAAGCGACAUGGAACGUCUUCUGGAGCAGACGGAAAAGAACAUCGAGUCGAAAAUGAAGCUGCGCACACUUCUGACCGUCGUCGUUAUUUACACGGCCGUCGCCGUCACCGCUCCGUGGCUUUACGCCGUUUUCAAAGGAAUGGACUGA